UUAUAUAUUUUCUUUUUUCAGUCACUGAACAGCAGAUUUCUGAGAAGUUGAAGAUUAUUAGGAAAGAAAAUACAGAACUUGUACAGAAAUUGUCAAAUUAUGAACAGAAGAUCAAGGAAUCAAAUAAACAUGUUCAAGAAACCAGGAAACAAAAUAUGAUUCUCUCUGAUGAAGCAAUUAAAUUUAAGGAUAAAAUCAAGACACUUGAAAAAAAUAAUGAAAUUCUGGGUGACACAGCUAAAAAUCUUCGUGUUAUGUUAGAAUCUGAGAGAGAACAGAAUGUCAAGAAUCAGGAUUUGAUAUCAGAAAACAAGAAAUCUAUAGAGAAGUUAAAAGAUGUUAUUUCCAUGAAUGCUUCAGAAUUUUCAGAGGUUCAAAUUGCACUUAAUGAAGCUAAGCUUAGUGAAGAGAAAGUGAAGUCUGAAUACCAUCGGGUUCAAGAAGAAAAUGUUAGGCUUAAGAAGAAAAAAGAGCAGUUGCAGCAGGAAAUUGACGACUGGAGUAAAUUACAUGCCCAGCUCAGUGAGCAAAUCAAAUCAUUUGAGAAGUCUCAGAAAGAUUUGGAAGUAGCUCUUACUCACAAGGAUGACAAUAUUAAUGCUUUGACUAAUUGCAUUACACAGUUGAAUCAAUUGCGGUGUGAAUCUGAAUCUGAGGGUCAAAAUAAAGGAGGAAAUGAUUCAGAUGAUUUAGCAAAUGGAGAAGUGGCAGGUGACCGGAAUGAGAAGAUGAAAAAUCAAAUUAAGCAGAUGAUGGAUGUCUGUCGGACACACACUGCAAUAUCGGUAGUUGAAGAGGAUCUAAAAUGUUUACAACUUAAGCUAAGAGCCUCCAUGUCCACUAAAUGUAACCUGGAAGACCAGAUAAAGAAAUUGGAAGAUGACCGCUACUUACUGCAAUCUGCCAAAGAUGGACUGGAAGAUGAGUGCAGAACCCUGAGGCAGAAAGUAGAGAUUCUGAAUGAACUGUAUCAGCAGAAGGAGAUGGCUUUGCAAAAGAAAUUAAGUCAAGAAGAGUAUGAGCGACAAGAAAGAGAGCAGAGGCUAUCAGCUGCUGAUGAAAAGGCAGGUUCAGCUGCAGAGGAAGUAAAAACUUACAAGCGGAGAAUAGAAGAAAUGGAAAAAGAAUUACAGAAAACAGAGUGGUUAUUUAAAAACCAGAUCGCUACCCAUGAGAAGAAAGUUCAUGAAAACUGGCUCAAAGCUCGUGCUGCAGAAAGAGCUAUAGCUGAAGAGAAAAGUGAAGCUACCAACUUGAGACACAAAUUAUUAGAAUUAACACAAAAGAUGGCAAUGCUGCAAGAAGAACCUGUGAUUGUAAAACCAAUGCUAGGAAUACCAAAUACACAAAACCAUCCCCGGAGAGGUCCUCUGAGCCAGAAUGGCUCUUUUGGCACAUCCCUUUUGAGUGGUGGAGAAUGCUCCCCUCCACUGACAGUGGAGCCACCUGUGAGACCGCUCUCUGCUACUCUCAGUCAAAGAGAUAUGCUGAGAAGUGAAUUG